CAACAGUAACCUCAUAUUAAAUGCUUACUUUGUGCAAUGAUUCACACUUCUAAACGAUUCGUUCAGUAAAGACUUGACAGAUGCUACUGUCAUAGUUCAUUGGUUCUUUCGUGGAUUAGUCAUUUUACUUCUUAUCCAUGAUUUUGUUAUCGUUGAGUAUUUAGUUUAGCAAAUAUUAAAGUAUCAUUUAACAGCAUUAAAAAUGAGUUUUCUUAGCAAAGUUUUCCUUGGCAAAAAGGAAGAAAAAGCACCCACAGCUUCUGAAGCUAUACAAAAGCUUCGCGAAACUGAGGAUAUGUUAAUUAAAAAGCAGGACUUUUUGGAAAAGAAAAUUGAGUCUGAAUUAGGUCUUGUGAAGAAAAAUGGUACUAGUAAUAGAAGAGUUGCAAUUCAAGCUCUUAAAAGAAAAAAGAGGUAUGAGAAACAAUUGCAACAAAUUGAUGGUACCUUGGCUACCAUUGAAAUGCAAAGAGAAGCUUUAGAAGGUGCUAAUACUAAUACAGCUGUCCUUCAGACAAUGAAGUUUGCUGCUGAUGCAUUAAAAACCGCCCAUAAACACAUGGAUGUUGACCAAGUUCAUGAUAUGAUGGAUGAAAUUGCUGAGCAACAAGAUGUCGCAAAAGAAAUAUCGGAAGCUAUUUCUAGCCCUGUCGCUUUUGGAAAUGACAUUGAUGAGGAGGAACUUGAAAAAGAGCUAGAGGAAUUAGAACAAGAAGAAUUAGACAGAGAACUUCUUGGUACGGGCCCGACUGCAGAUCAAUUACCUGAUGUCCCUGCCACUCAAUUACCUGCAAAACCAAAGCCAAUUGCAUCAGAAGAUGAUGAAGAAUUAAGACAAUUGCAGCAGUGGGCAACAUGAGUGAAGGAUCAGUAUUAAUGUCUCAUAAUUAAUAUUGUUAAAAUAUAUUUGUAACAACUUAUCCUUUUUUUUUGUGGCUUUAUAACAUUUAUAAAUAAAAUCGUUAAGGUAAAUAAGUUGUAUUUUGCGAUGCCAGAAAUAGUGAUUAUUGUAAUCCAGUAUUGUUUUAUAUUUAAUAAUAAUUAAACCUAUUUUAAUUAUAAUUAUCCUGCCUUGUUCUGGUUAUGUUGUAUGAUUGAUGUGAUCAAGUAUUGUUAUAUAUU